CAAUCUCACUUCAACUGUGAACUUCGAGUCUUCGACAUUUCAACGGUGAACUUCGAAUCUUCGACAUUUCAACGGUGAACUAUUACUGUUUGAGAGCCAUGCCUUACAAUUUGAGAUCAAGAUUAGUAAGGACUCCUGAGCGUCCGUCCAACAAGAGAAAACUGGUCUCUCAUAUAGUAGAUCACAACCAGGACACGCUGGACAACAGGUCAGGUGGAAACCAGAGGGCCACCAAGAGAAAGUCUGACGAGAGCCAUGAAAGAGCCAUCAAGACGAGUAGGAAAAGUCAAUGUCCCUCCGAGGGCUUCAGACCGUCAUUCAGCAGAGGAACCUUUAACUCCACUGAGGAUGCUGGGACAUCGACACCCGCCUGCGCCAGCAUUAGCUCCAAAUCUGAGGAGAAGAAGGGCAGGAAGAGGAGGUUCGAGGACACAGAAGAAUACGGGAAGAGGAAAAGAACGUUCCUGAGUCCCAGUGAGGGCACCAGCUACCAGGCCACCACUGAGACCAUCCCUGACGGCAUCCCUGAGGCCACUCCUGAAACCUCCUUCAGAUCUGGAUCUGACACCUUCAUCAGCACCGACUCUGAGGAGAAGAAGGGCAGGAAGAGGAAGUCUGACGACACAGGAGACUACGGGAAGAGAAGAAAAACGCCCCUCAGUUCCGGUACGGACACCAGCUACCAGUCCACCACUGAGACCACCACUGAGGCCACCCCUGACACCACCUCCAGUGAUGAAUUUGACACCUUCUUCUCAGAAAACAGCAGAGGAACCUUUUACUCCACUGGGGAUGCUGGGAAAUCGGAACCCGCCAGCACCAAAUCUGAGGAGAAGAAGGGCAGGAAGAGGAAGUCUGAGGAAACAGAAACAUCCGGGGAGAGGAAAAGAACGUUCCUACGUCCCGGUGAGGGCACCAGCUACCAGGCCACCACUGAGACCGCCCUUGAGGCCAUCCCUGAGGACACCUUCUUCUCAGAAGACAGCGGUGAAAUCUUUUACUCCUCUGAGGAUGCUGUGUUACGGAGACCCGCCAGCACUGACUCUGAGGAGAAGAAGAGCAGGAAGAGGAAGUCUGAGGACACAGGAGACUACGGGAAGAGGAGUAGAACGUCCCUCAUUCCCGAUGCUGGCACCAGCUACCCCUGGUACCAGGCGCCCCUGCGCUACCUCUCUAACCCAUUUCCUUUUCUUUUUAAUCUCUUUUUUCCAUCCAACUCUGAGGCCAUCCCUGAGACCAUUCCUGAGACCAUCCCUGAGACCUCCUUCAGUUACCGAUCUGACACCUUCUCAGAAGACAGCGGAGAAACCUUUUACACCGCUGAGAAUGCUGUGCCACGGAUACCCACCAGCACAGACUCUGAGGAGAAGAAGAGCAGGAAGAGGAAGUAUAAGGACACAAAAAUAUACAGGAAGAGGAGAAAAACGCCCCUCAGGUCCGGUGAGGGCUGCAGCUACCAGGCCACUACUGAGGCCAUCCCUGAGACCAGCAGUAGCGACUCUGACACCAGCUUCCCAGAAGCCACUCUGUUUCACAACAGAGCUGACUUUGAGGCGAAAUAUGAAGAAGAGGAAAUUCUGGGUGAAGGAGGCUUCGGAGCAGUCUUUGCUGGCAUCCGCAAAGACGACCAUCUGCCUGUGGCCAUAAAGCGUAUCCGCCGGUUUCUUUGCACAACAGUGGAUCUGGAAGGGGAAAUGACAUCGAUCCCUACAGAGGUGGCGCUGCUGCUGCACCUCAAACCAGCAGCAGCAGGAACCAGUGCCGUGGUGAGCCUGCUGGACUGGUACAAUCUGGGCAAUGAGCUGAUUCUCGUCCUAGAGAGACCCGCCCCCUGCAUGGAUCUCUAUGACUAUUUGGUGUCCAUACAGUUAUCAAUACAGGAGGACAUAGGCCGGAUCAUAACAAAACAACUGGUGGAAGGUCUCCAAGAGGUCCAAUCCAGAGGUGUUUUCCACAGGGACAUCAAGAUGGAAAACAUCCUCAUCGAAACCGGCUCUGAUGUCCCACGUGUCAGGAUCAUUGACUUUGGCUGCGGCGCAUUUCUGACAGAGGAGAGGUACACUAAUAAUAAAGGUACCCCUAUAUACACCACUCCUGAGUUUAUCCGGCGUGGGUGGUCCACGCCUGAAGCUACCACUGUGUGGCAGCUCGGUGUGGUGCUGUUUGAGAUGCUGCAUGAUGGGGCGCCCCCCUUCCGUAGCCCCCGUGAGAUCAUCAAAACAGUCCCUGACAUCCGUGACACUCUUUCCUACAAUUGCCAAGAUUUUCUAGCGCGCUGUAUGGACAAGAGCCCAGAGGCCCGACCCACCCUGGAGACUCUUAAGCAACACCCCUGGCUCGUGUGAUCUGUGGUACUAAGGGGUCCAGUCUGAUGUGAUACAGACUGGACCUCUCGGACCACGGAUGGAUCCCUGAAGGCCACGGAAGGACCCCUUAAGACCACGGAAGGACCCCUCAGGAUCACGGAAGGACCUCGUCCAGGGUUAACGCUGCUGUUGUCCCCAUAUGUGGCUCCCAUUGCACUCUCUCUUGAAGCAGUAGAAAUUAGACCGAGAGGCCGGUGGCGUCAAUCUCUAGUAGGGAUGUGACAGGGAGGAAAAUUUCUUGUGACAACAUGGGUGUUACCGAUUACACUGGAGAUUUUACAGGAAAAGAUGACGGUCAUUAUGUGUAGCGCGCUUACUUUGAUCUUUACCAUCGGGUGGCUGAGUGACUGGCCUCUCCGGUAGAACUUUUGCUGCGGAGCCGCUGGGGUGUACCCGGUGCCGCUCCGCCGCGCACACCAGCUGUGACCGCUCCGUCUUUCAACUCUCUCCCGUC